CGGCCGAGAUGGUAUUAGAGGGUCCAACUGAUCAAUAGCGCGUUUGCUCAGGCCUCGAUUGGUUUUGGAAGAGCAAUCGUUCAGGAUGAGUAAAUCGGGCAAAGUAGCGCUAUAUUUAAGUCGAUUGGAAGACGCUAGAUGCGAGGGGAAAUGGGAUGAUGUUCCGGAGCUUGUGCGAAAAGUCCGCAAGCAUGCCACCGAUAGGUUAUGUCUGACAACGACUGCCGAGACCGAACACGCUAUUAUCAAAGCUUCCCAGAAACAUGGACCCGAUUCUAGACCUGCCACCGCCGUCUCAUCGGCCGAUAUAGAGGUCGCACAAUGGGCCCCCAGAUUACUCGGUGCGAUCGAUACCGAAACCUCGUACCCCGAAGACAGGUUCCAAGCUCAGGUUUGCGUGGGAUGGUUACAUUGGUCCGUUGGUGAUUAUACCGAAGCUUCUAGUCAAUUACCACAGAGCCUGGAGAAUGAAUUGGCACAACUCGAUUCAGCAACUAGCAUUUCCGAGUGGACAAGAGUAUGCUCCCUCAAGGCCGCAUACCUCAAGGCUAAUUGCCUUGCACGCAAAGACGAGAGGGUUGCGGCGCUUGCUAUUUUUGAAUCAGCAUUGGUUUCUCUGUCGCACGUUUGGUCGGGGCAGAAGGGUCGGAAGCAAUUGAGAUUCUGGGCCGAACUCUUUUUGACCGAGUUCUGCAUGCUACAAGCUCAGGCUCUUGAAAGAGGAGAUAAAAGUCUCGAUGAUGCCAAUUCGUUGGCGCCGUUCCGCUCCUGGGCGAAAUACUGGGAAGUUUCCAAGACUCAAGGUACCCCUCUAGUCGGUGGCUAUGGAUUCCGUGGAGCCGUUCCGAGAAGGAGAGUGUGGAACGAAUACUACGCCGCCAUUUCAGGUAUCUUACAGCAGGACUUGCCAUUUCCGACCGGCUUUUCAAAUGUCACCAACGAAGCAUCGGCUAGAAACCAGCUUCGGGUAGAAUUGAAAAAGGUCGAAAAUGCCUAUGAGGGUCUACUUCUAAGUGAAACAUCGUUCCCGCGGGCUGACGAAGAAAGACAAGAAGUGGAAGACUUUGUCGCAGCUGUGAUGAAGAACUGGAGUGUGCUAAACGGACGUGACUGGAAUGAGCAGGAUCUUGGGCCUGGUGGGAAAGAAGGUCUUAGUCGUGGCAUAUUGGACAUCCUCUACCGAGCUGCAACUAAAACAUACCAUUCCACGGCUAUCCUACGAUAUCUAUUUACGGUCCACCUUUCGGUUGCCGAAUUCGACCUAGCUUUCCGUGCUUUCGAUUCUUACCUGGAAAUUGUUAAAAAGGGGAAAGCUAGAGUUGACAAGACCGGUCAUUCAGAACCAAGUCUCGACGACGAUGCAACUGUAUUAGAAACCAUUUCUCAGGCAAUCACGGCUCUCUGCAAAUAUGGCUUCCGGGAUGCUGCGGAAAAGGCACAUGAACUUGGCGUCGAAUUGGAAGGGAUAUUACAAAAGCUACCAGCCCCACUUCCCAAUUUGCAAGAUAAUAUUACAACACUGGACGAGGAAGAUGGCAAUGGUGUCAUACUACACCCGAGAAUAUCGUCUCGAGUAUACGCUCUAUCGUGGCAGGCCAUUGGCAUUUCACAGGCGCAAUGGUCUCGGACAACUUUUGACGCAUCCGCACGGACUGAAUAUCAGACCAAAGCGAUCAGGAGCUUCCAGAAAUCGCUGUCACCAGAAAAUGGAAAUCCAACCGAUGUCAGGACCUUAUUCACCCUGGGUCUCUUGUUGGCCGAGCAAAGAGAAUUGACAGCAGCUAUUGAUAUUGUUAAGGCUGCGCUUAUGUCUAAUAAGAAGACUGGAGAUGAAAGCGGAUCGUAUUGGCGGGAGCGUUCAUUAAUACCUGUAUGGCAUCUACUCGCACUUCUUUUGAGCGCCAGGCAAGAUUUUAUAAUGGCUGCUAGAGCCUGCGAGGGUGCAUUUGAACAAUUUGAUGACCCUACUGUUCUGUUUGGUUCACAAAACCUGCAAGGCACGUUCCGAAGCGAACAUCUUAAUGAGAUGGAAGCGAACGAGAAGGCUCAGUUAAGGGGACUCGUAGAGGAAAUGGACGAUCUCGAGAAAGAAGGCAUGAUCGAGGUAAAAAUGACACAGCUUGCCCUUCUAGAACUUUUAGAAGGUCCAGAGGUCGCUGUCAACGCAAGUCAUGAGCUGCUGGUUUUAUAUAACAGACUAUUUGGCGAAGUUCAACCCAAAGCGCCAGCUACCGCACAGAAAGCAACGAUGGAGGUCCCUAAGAGCUCGGCGGGUACGAUAAGAAGCCUUCGAGGCAGUAUUUUCGGCAACAAGGCCGAUAGGACGUCUCGAAGUUCCAGGCCGAUCGCUACCGCAGAGAGUGGUAGGUCUACCAUUGUACCAGAGAGGCCGCAGACCACCCAGACAGCUGUUAGUGUUGCCACUACCGCUACCACUGCUACUGGUGCACCCGCAAUACAAGUUACCAACCAAAACGGAGAAACUAGAGAUUCCCGACGAUCCAGAAGGUCUUCAAGCGUCCAUAGCAGACGCAAUUCGUCAGGAAGGAGAAACAGUCUUAAAAAGCGAGAACCAAGUGCCCAGCCACGACGAGCCUCCAGUAGUGGUGGUACACCCCGCGGUUCAACUGUGGUGGAUGGUGAAGAUUUUUACACGCCAUUGGCCGACGGAGCCCCACAAGAGCGAGUCGACUUUUUUGCAUGGAGUAGCAAAAAUGACAUUACUAGACAACAAUCUUUUUCGAAAGGUCGUGGAUUGCUUCGAUAUGAUUCUACUGCUUCCUCGACUAGAGGUUCUGCAGCAGAUUCCGAUAGAUUGGUUCUAGAAUCGCUUUCGCCACCUAAUCCGCUACCAAUAGUGCAAUUUCCAAAGGAUCAGGUUAAGCGACAGAGACAGACCAUACUUAUUAAAGUAUGGUUGAUAAUUGCCGCUUUCUACGGUCGUGCUAAGAUGUAUAGUGAUGCUAAAGGAGCCAUUGAGGAGGCGAAAAAAUUAGUGGACGGAUUAGAGAGUGAAGUUGCCAAAGACGCGACCGGGUCUAUAACUCUACGGGAUCCUGGUUGGGGUGGGAAGAAAUGUGUGGAGGAGCUUUGGGGUGACGUUCGAAGCGAGUUGGGCUAUCUUGCAGUCUCCGAAGGAGCGCCUUAUACAGCAAGGGAUUAUUUCGAAGAGGCCCUAAUGCAUUUCCCGGACCACCCCUCGGCCAUUGUUGGGUUAUCUAAUAUCCUCCUUGACGUCUACAGCGAGGUUCUAUUGCCGCCUCCUGCCAUCCCAAGCAUUACUCUUCCAGAUGGCCAAAAGACGAAUUUAAUUCCGAAGAGUAAUGGGCCUCAGAAACCCCAAACCGGCGUUAAUAAAGCGGGAAGUAUCCCAAUACUGCCAUCGACGCCACUGGGACUCGGAGGUGGUGCAACAAUAACUCCGGACUCCCCACCAUCAAGUAAAGCAGCCCCUCCCAACACUUUUGGGACAAAUGGUCACUCAGCCGAAGAGCUCCCUGCUCCUUAUAAAGCAGUUUCUCUGCCACUUGUCGAUCGACUUGCUGCUCGAGAUAGAGCGUACGGACUACUAUCCGGCCUCACUAAAUUAGGUACAGGGUGGAAUUAUUCAGAUGCAUGGUUUGCUCUGGCUAGAGCACACGAAGACAGCGGGCAGCCAGACAGGGCCAAGGAUGUCCUUUGGUGGUGUGUUGAACUCGAAGAAGGAAUGGGUAUACGCGAAUGGAAUUGCGUAAGUGCCAACGGCUACGUGCUGUAGGGUAUUCGACGGGAUCGAAACGAUCAAUCACGCGGCAACCCAUGAUUAUUCGAUCGGUCGACAGACCAUUUUCAAACUUUGGUACAUAAAAAAUUGGCGACUAUGGGGAUUCGACGGAAAUAUCAGUGUGCAACAAAACGUAUUUGCGGUGUGGAUGUCAUUAUCAACCCACAUUCUGUUUUUUCAAGCUUUGUUAGAACAACAUCUUCAUAUGAUUCCUCGUCCCUAGACCAGGAUUGAU